UUAUAAAUAGCUCAACACUCAUUACAGGCAGCCACAUACCUCGUUAGCGCCUAAUUGUGAUAACUACCGGAGCGUGCAGUGCCGACCGAAACUCUACAUCCACAAAGGAUUUUUAUUGAAAUCUCAAUACACACAAAAAACUAUUAUAAAUAUGCAAUCUUCAAACAUUUGUAUCCUGGCCGUGUGCGCCUUUGUCCUGAUCUCCUCGAUCAAUGCUGCCCCCUUGGAUGAUUCCCAACAUGCCACUAUCCUGCGAUAUGAAAACGACAACAUCGGCACUGAUGGCUACAAUUUCAACUAUGAGACGAGCGAUGGAGUCACCCGCCAGGAGCAGGCCGAGCUUAAGAACGCCGGCACCGACCAGGAGGCGCUUAGCGUCCGCGGAUCCGUCAGCUGGGUGGCUGCCGACGGGCAGACCUACACCCUCAACUACAUCGCCGACGAGAACGGCUUCCAGCCUCAGGGUGACCAUCUGCCCCACAAUUAAGGGUGGCCCUUAAGUGCAAAGAGAAAUAAUCAGUAUUUGUUCAUUUUGUAAAAUAUACUAACCAAUAAAAUUUUUUAAAACUAUUGUA